AUGACUCAAGCUUCCCAAAUGAAAGUUGUAAUAGUAGGCGGAUCAAUCGCAGGCCUAACCCUCGCACACUGUCUAUCACGCUAUGGAAUCGACUACAUCAUUCUCGAGCGCCGCCACGACAUAGCGCCACAAGUAGGUGCUUCAGUAAGUUUGAUGCCUAAUGGAUCACGAAUUCUAGAUCAAUUGGGAAUGUUUGAUGCGGUUUCGGAAAACAUUGAACCGUGUGUUUUUAUGCAAACAUGGGAUGAGAAUGGAAGGUUGCUUUCUGAAACUGAUGCGCCGAUUUUGACAGGAAAGCGAUUGGGCUAUACGAUUACGUUCUUGGAAAGGGAGAAACUUUUGGAAAUUUUGUAUCGACACCUUCCCGAUAAAUCGAAAGUUCUAACUGGCAAAUAUGUCAGGUCAAUUGAGCAGGAUAGUAAAGAAGCGGUUGUAGUUUGCGAAGAUGGAUCAAGGUAUUCUGGGGAUGUGAUUGCAGGUGCAGAUGGCAUCCAUAGUACUAUAAGAUCAGAAAUGCGACGACAAAUCGCAAAGGAGGGAACAUCAAAAGAUCUUGAAGCUUUGAAAAGAGAUGAAAUUGCUCUUUCCGCAGAAUACAGUUGUUUGUUCGGUAUUUCCAAACCAAUUCCAGGAUUGGAAAUCGGGCAUACGCAUCGCAGUUCAGGAAAGGGCGCUUCGACUCUGUUGUUUGGUGGCGUGGAUGGAAAAUUAUAUUGGUUUCUGUUCACCAAGAAUGAAGAAAGGACGUUUGGUGAUGGCAUUCCGCGGUAUAAAAAGGGAGAUGAAACUAAUCAUGUAGCGAAAUACAUGCAUCAUCACGUAUCCGGUAACAUUCUCCUUUCCGAAGUGUGGAAAAAUCGUAUCGUUGCAAAUUUCGUCACCAUCGAGGAAAUGGAGAAUGAACAUUGGAAUUGGAAUCGCGUUGCAUGUCUUGGAGACUCUAUACACAAGAUGACACCAAAUCUUGGCCAAGGGGCAAAUUGUGCAAUUGAAAGUGCAGCAGAAAUGGCUAACAGUCUAUCGAAAGCACUGAGAGACGACGGCAGUAAACCUGCUAUUGAGGAUAUCAGAAACGUUCUAUCGCUUUAUUAUCAGAAACGUAACGUAAGAGCAAACUUGAUCGUGAAAGCAGCGAAUAAAUUCACUCGUGUAGAAGCACUUGCUACAACGGGUGAUUGGGUCGCAUCCAUGUUUGUAAUUCCACGCUUGGGAGAUAUUCUUGCAGACCGAGGUGCAAAGGUUCAAGUUGGGGCUACGAGAUUGGACUGUCUCCCGAUUCCAAAAAGAGCAUUGGAAGGGACAAUGCCUUGGAGUACAAACUCUGGUAUUGGGAAGGAGGAGAAUCGAAAGCGAAGAGCUCAGCUUGCAUUGCCAUUGAUUCUCAUAGCUUUUUACUUCUUCUGGAAUAAAACACCAGCACCAAAGGGAUUUACAGUCACAAAAUCCUUCUCCGAGGUAAAGUUGGAAAUGUUGAGCUCUAUUGCCAAUACCAUACCACUGGUAACCAUCUGGACAAUUGAAAGUUACCGCCGCGGAAAUGCUCUCACCUUAGCAAAUAUCUUCCCUACUGCAUUCCUUUUGCUGGCCCAAAGGUUUGGGAUCGAAUUUAUCGCUCCAAUCUAUUUCUUUUUUCACUAUGUUCAAUCACCACAGGAAAAUUUUGCGGCCCUUGAUAACCGACUGACAAACAUGGCUUUUGCAAAAAUAAUGCCUCUGGCAAUACUUUUGUUCUCCUUGGGUCCCUCCUAUGCCAUAUGGAGUUCUAUAGAGCCUGAGUCUGCGCAAUGGAUAUACGGCAACGCUUGGUAUUGGUAUCCAGUCUACUUGACCAUUUUUUUGAGAAUUCUGAGGUUUAUCGUGAAGGACACUACUCGACUGAACAGGAUAUACAAGCCUACAGCAGAUCUGACUUAUCUACGGGUUUCAUACGGCAUUUCAAUCGUUAUUUGUGCAGCGUUCCAUCUAUAUGGAAGCCUCAAUAAUUCAACGUUAACAGCUUUUCUUACUCAAGAACCACAAUCUCCAUUCCAAUCAAUUCAGCCAAUCCAGGCUAUUCUAAAUGCUGUUCCGGAGUUUUGGACGUCGAAGCAGACCUCGUUAUACAGUGCUGCAUUUUAUUGGACAAUUCUUCAUUUCGCCGAUUUAAAAUUCGUCGGAAAGUUAAAGGAAAGCUGGCUGUUGAUUUUGACAAUAUCUCUCUUUUCAAACCUUUUCGCGGGACCAGGUGUAGGCUUAAUAGUAAUGUGGGCGUGGAGAGAGGAGAUAAUGGCGAAAAAACAUAUAACCAUCGAAACCUCCAAUUCCAAACAAAUCUGGAAAAUGUCUCAAAGAUUGAAGGGAAUCAAUUUUCGAAACUCUCUGGAGUUAGGAUGGAACAGCAUCUUUUUGAUCGUAGGAUUCCUUAUUCUAGCUGCCAUCUUAAUUGCAUGGACUCAGAAGCCCGAUGAAGAGUUGCUGCUCGAGAGGUUAAAAGAUCUCGAUUUACCGAUUGUAGGAGUGGGGCCAAAUGUUAACGUUGGUGAGUCGCUAGAAAUCGGCACUCAAACUUACCCAAAUUCGCCAUACGUUGUACCGGCCGAUCGCGUUCCCAUUGUCAUUCUGCCAAACUCAGCCAUCAACAUCAUAAAGUCUCUCCCAGAAGCAAAGAUAUCAUUUGAAAAAGAAGUAUACGCUCGACAUCUGGCUCAUCUCUUACUCAAAAAAGACCAGAAAAUUUUCUCCGAACCGAUUCUUAAUUCAAUCAAGCAGGACCUUACUCGAAAUAUUUCGAAAACCCUUGAUACGUUAUGGGAUGAGGUAGACUACGCAUUCGAAAAGAACAUCGGAACUUUGCCAGAUGACGACGAAGGAUGGAAAAACGUGUCGGUGUAUGGAAAGGUACUGAAUGUGGUUGCAUUAUUAUCUGGAAGAGUAUUUGUUGGUGCGCCGUUGUGCCGCGAGGAAGAGUGGAUCAAAGCGACGAUUGCAUACACGAUAAUCCUCGGAGUAACAGUUGGAAUGCUCUGGAAACGCCCUUGGUGGCAGCGUAGAAUUCUGGCACCUCUAUAUUUCCGAACUUUAGUUGGCGUGCACAAGAAAGCCGAAGAACUAUUAAAACCACUCCUCGAACGCGAAGCCGCACUCGAUCCCUCGGAGUUGGAAAAGAAAGCCGAAGAACAAAACGAUGGACAGCUUAUCAGAUGGUUACUAUCACAUACCCCGCAAAAGGGUGGAAAGAUUGAUGUGAAGCAAUUAGCCCAUGAUCAAUUGACGGUGAGCUUAGCUGCUAUUCACACCACCAGCAUUACAAUAUCCCAUCUCUUAUAUGACCUGGCAACCUAUCCCGAACAUGUAGCUCCGCUCCGAAAAGAAUUGGAAUCAGUCAUUGCCGACCACAAAACAGCUGGGGGAAAUGGAAAAUUGAGUAAGGUGGAAUUGACCAAAUUGUGGAAAAUGGAUAGUUUUAUCAAAGAGUCGCAGAGACUCAACCCACCAAUUCUUGUUCAGAUGCGUCGAUAUCUCACCUCUCCACUGGCUCUACCCUCGGGUCAUAUCCUUCCAUCAGGAACAUUUUGUGGAGUCGAUGCACAAAUGACAAAUCGCACAGUUCCAUACUAUGAGGCUUCUCCAAUAACGCACCAACAAGCACCGUUCGACGCAUUUGAUGGAUUCCGCUUCAGCAAACUUCGAUCUGUACCAGGAAAUGAAAAUCGUUAUCAAUUUGUUACGUCCAGCACAGAGAGUUUGAACUUUGGGCACGGAACCCAUGCGUGCCCUGGGCGCUUCUUUGCAAGCAAUGAGAUCAAGAUUGCUUUUGCAGAGGUGUUGUUGAAAUGGGACGUGAGACUUAAACCGGGAGAAGGAAGGCCAGCAAAUUUGUAUACUGACACAAACGUGAUGCCGAACAUGAAAGGAGAGGUGCAGAUGAGAAGAAGAGAGUUAUUUUGA